AUGGUUGUGAUUGUGCACGGGUUAGAAAUAGGUUCUUCAGAUGAUGAUUACGACAACCCAUUUUCUGGGUUGAAUGAGAUGGAUUUUGAGUUACACGGGAUUUACAUGGAUCACGAACCACUGCAGAAGUUUGUAUCAAGGCUUGAUAUAUGUAAGGAUAAUUUUCUUAACAUUAUACUUUGUGAUGCGAACAUGAGAAAUGCAAGUAUGAAUGAUGAGGUGAAAGAUCGAGUGGACCAUGGUAAUGGUUUGCAAAAAGAUAAGGAGGCAGAGGAAGUAGCAACGGACAACUACAAAAUACAUGAUCCAAGUGUUAGGUGGGAUAAGAUGGAACCUAAGUUAGGGGACGUGUUCGAAUCACCUGCACAACUAAAAUUUUGUGUGACAAACUAUGCAGUAAAUGGAGGGUACCAAAUAUACUUUCAAAAGAGUGACAAUAGAAGAAUUGUUGCGAGAUGUGGUAAAAGACAUGAAGAUAAUAAUUAUUGUAGCACCUAG